UCUCUAGCCAUGCACAGUCUCUGCCGUGGAGUAUUUGCAGGCAAUAGCCGUGAGCUCAGCAUCAGGUCCUGCAUUCCCAGUCUCUUCCAAGCUGAGCAAACCCAUCGUUCCGUAUUACUGGGUCUGCUGCUGGGGCCAGGGCGGACCCCACAGCCAGGCUCAGCACUUAUUCGUCAGGCCUCGGCUGAGCGCUGGAGCCAGUGGUCACUUCGUGGAGGUCUAGAGAUGUUGCCUCAGGCCCUUGAAACCCACCUGACUAGUAGAGGGGUCACUGUUCUAAGAGGCCAUCCAGUCUGUGGGCUCAGCAUCCAGGCAGAAGAGCGCUGGAAGGUUUCUCUAGGGGACAGCAGUCUGGAGGCUGACCAUGUUAUUAGUGCCAUUCCAGCUUCAGUGCUCAGCAAGCUGCUGCCUGCUGAGGCUGCACCUCUGGCUCGUGCCCUGAGUGCCAUCACUGCUGUGUCUGUAGCUGUGGUAAACCUGCAGUACCAAGGAGCUCAUCUGCCUGUCCAGGGAUUUGGACACUUGAUGCCAUCUUCAGAAGAUCCAGGCGUCCUGGGAAUUGUGUAUGACUCAGUUGCUUUCCCUGAGCAGGAUGGGAGCCCCCCUGGCCUCAGAGUGACUGUGAUGCUGGGAGGUUCCUGGUUACAGACGCUGGAGGCGAGUGGCUGUGUCUUAUCUCAGGAGCUGUUUCAACAGCAGGCACAGGAAGCAGUUGCCACACAAUUAGGACUGAAGGAGCUGCCGAGUCACUGCUUGGUCCAUCUACACAAGAACUGCAUCCCCCAGUAUACACUAGGUCACUGGCAAAAACUAGAGUCAGCUAGGCAACUCUUGGCUGCUCAGGGUUGCCCCUGACUCUGGCUGGAGCCUCCUAUGAGGGGGUUGCUGUUAAUGACUGCAUAGAGAGUGGGCGCCAGGCAGCAGUCAGUGUCACGGGCACAGAACCUAACAGCUGAUCUCCAACUCUCACUCAUGAAAAUAAAAGUUGCUGGAGCUUGAAA